GGAGAAUUUCUGGGAAGGGGCUGGAGAAUUUUUGGCAGGAGUCUGGGGAAUCCUGAGGGAAACUGGGGAAGGAAACCUCGGGAACUUUUAACCCCCAUCCCCACAAAUUCCCGAGCGUGCAAACUCCCAGCUACGCCUGCCUGACCUCCAACCUCAACCCCAACUCACCCCGUGACAAACCCCCCGAAAAACCGACCCCAAGUCCGUAGGGAACCCUGAUUUCUCCCGGUUUCCCACAGGGUUUGAGGGAUGCCCAAGAAAUUCCAGGGGGAGAACAGCAAGUCGGCGGCGGCGCGCGCCCGCAGGGCCGAGGCCAAGGCGGCGGCGGAGGCGCGGCGGCAGCAGGAGCUGGAGGAUGAGCUCUGGAAGGACGAGGACAAACACGUCCUGAGGAAGGAGCAGAGGAAGGAGGAGCGGGAGAAGCGGCGCCUGGAGCAGCUGGAGCGCCGCAAGGAGCUGCAGCGGCUGCUGGAGGAGGAGGACUCCAAGCUCAAAGGGAAAACUCCCAAGCAGGGAAAUCCUGGGAAAAUCACCCGGGCCCAGAUCGAGGAGAACGUCCGCAAGGAGCAGCAGCAGAGGGAAAACACGGAUGCAGUGGAGAAGGAGAAAUCGCACCUGGAGCUGCCGCUGGAGGAGAACCUGAACCGGCGGCUGCCUGAGGAGGGCGCUGUGGAGGCGCGCAGCAUCGAGGACGCCAUCGCCGCCCUCAGCGUGUCCCAGCCCCUGGAGCGCCACCCCGAGCGCCGUCUCCGCGCCGCCUUCGCCGCCUUCGAGGAGCUGCAGCUGCCGCGGCUGCGGCGGGACAACCCCAACAUGCGGCUGAGCCAGCUGCGCCAGCUGCUCAAGAAGGAGUGGAUGAGGUCCCCCGAGAACCCCCUGAACCAGCGGCACAAACCCUACAACAGCCACCCCUAGCCGGACUGGGCUCCCCGCCAGGACCGUCCCCCCGCGGCGCUUUUGGGGUUUUUGGUGUCUCUGUCUCCCCGCCGUGGGUUUGGGGUGAGCUGCAGGUCGGACUGAUGGCGACUUCUCCUUCCUGGAGUCGCCUGGGGAGAGCGGCUCCCGGAGCUUCCCGGCGUUGCCUCCGUGGGAUUCUGGAGUUGGCACGUGGGAAACGCUCCCGGGGUGUGAGCCCGAAGAGAUUGCAGGCCCUGGGUCUCACCUGAGAUCCCGGCUCCUGUUCCUUUGGGAUUGGGAUGUCCCUGAGAUCCCUGCUCCUGUUCCUUUGGGAUUGGGAUGUCCCUGAAAUCCUGUCCCUGUUUCCUUUGGGAUGUCCCUGAGAUCCCUGCUCCCGUUUCUUUGGGAUAUCCUUGAGAUCCCUGCUCCGGUUUCUUUGGGAU